AUGAGAGAUCCCACCAGUGGCUCAAGAUCGUUUUUACGCAGCCAGUCACCGGAUCGGAACGUCACCAGUGUUGGGUGUCGGCAAACAAGAGUGGAAAAGGCGCCAGUGGGCAGAGCCGAGUCUCUGUUAGAGCCGUCGCGUCAGGCCAAGAGGCUUCCCAUUAGGAUUGUAAAGAUGUUGACGGCGCACAGCGGCCACUUGCUUCACCCGGAGUACCUUCAACCCCUUCAGUCCGCACCAGUCAGCAUCGAGCUGGAUGCCAAAAAGAGUCCAUUAGCUUUGCUGGCUCAGACAUGCUCUCAAAUUGGCAAACCGGACCCUCCGUCUGCUUCCAAGCUUGCCUCCCUCUCCUCCGGCAGUUUGGGAGACAAAGAGUCCACGGGCCGAUCGUCCAAGUCCGCAGAGCAGCACCAGUCUUCGGAGGACAAGUCCAGCUUCAAACCUUACUCUAAGUCAUCAGGUGACUGCCGUAAAGAAGCUCAAGUGUCCAAGGGAUCUUCAGAUAAAACUUUCAGAGUGGCCAACGGAAGCUCUAGCGGUGUUUCUUGUCCGUCUUUUCCACCUCAUUCGAAAUCUCCGAGCUCUCCUCAACGUCACACUCCGAACCAGCCUCACAUACAAAGUCAUUCCCCGUCUAGCGCACACUCACAGGCCUCACACUUGGACAACAAAGCUGCCAGUCUGGAGCAGCCCAGCUCGGACAUUAACAACAGCGGAGACAAAAAAGACUCGGAGGCAGCUAAGUCAGUAAUGGACGGGGCUCAGUUGGCUAACUCCAGCCACAUACGUGCAAGCGCCAACUCCAGUAACGCCAGCUCUGCCAGCAGUCCGCGGCCUGAAAGCAAGGCAGACACGCAGGCCUCUCAGGCUAACCUGGUCUCGGGGCAAAUCGCACCUGUGUCCCCUUUCAAACCAGGACAUUCGGUUUUCCCUUUGCCCCCUGCUUCAAUGGGCUACCACGGCUCCAUUGUUGGCGCCUAUGCAGGUUACCCCUCACAGUUUGUUCCCGGUUUGGACCCUACCAAGUCUAGUAUGGGGUUAGGACUUCCGAGUAAACACCCUAGUUCCAGUCCGCUGACCGGAGCCUCUCCCCCCUCCUUGAUGCAGGGCUUAUGCCGGGACCCUUAUUGUUUGACUUACCCCAAUGCGCCCCACUUGGGAGGAAGUAACUGUUCCACCUGUGUCCACGACCCCUCGAGCCUCAAGUCUGGUUUCCCGCUGGUCUACCCUUCACACCACCUGCACUCCUUACACUCUAGCGCCUUGUCUUCCAGCACCACACCCUCCCUCUCACACCCUCUUUAUACUUACGGUUUCAUGCUCCCCAAUGAACCGUUACCCCAUGCCUGUAACUGGGUGUCCGUCGGAGGCCCGUGCGACAAGAGAUUCGCAACUUCGGAGGAGCUCCUGGCCCACUUGCGGACCCACACGGCUCUACCUGGGAUGGUGGACAGUAAACUAUUGUCUGCGUACCCUUCGUCAAUAUCAUCGACAGCUUCGUGCCAUCUUCAUCUACCCCCGCACAGCAGCCCAGGUUCCCUGCCCAGCUCCUUCUCUCUUCGAGGGUCCCCUGGCUUGGGGCUGGCCCGCUACCACCCCUACAGUAAAUCUCACCUACCUGGAGCACCUGGACUUCCCAUGCCAUCCAUACCCUCAUCUUCAGCUUAUUACUCCCCUUACGCGCUUUACAGUCAGAGACUGGGCUCAGCCUCAGCGCUCGGAUACCAGUGA